AUGAGUUCUUCUGCUGAUAAAAACGUAAAGGCAGCAACAGCUGAUGAGAUGGCGUCCGCUCGUACAGCCGACACAUCUCCCGUUGCUGCUGCUGCUGGUGCUGCUGCUGCUGCUGCUGGUCAGGACGCCGUGAGCAGCAGCAGCAACAGCAGCAGCAGCAACAGCAGCAGCAACAGCAACAGCAGCAGCAGAGGCCGCAGCAGCAGCAGGAACUACGGCGUGGCGUUGGGGGCCAUUGGCGCUGCUUUGUCUGUCACCCUGCUGCAGUAUCUUCCCCGUCUGUUUUCUGCUGAGGGUAGGGCAGCAUUUCGUGCUGCUCUGCUGCAAGCAGGAGGCGGUGAUUGGCUGCUGGUUUGCUGCUGCACUCUCUUCUCCUUCGGGUGUAUAGGCAGCAUCCUCUACAACGCACGCUUGGCGCAUAACUGGAGGCUUGAGCGGUUUAUUGUUGCUCUUGUUGCUCAGCAGCGGAGACAGCAGCAGCUGCUGCAGCAGCAACUGCAGCAGCAGCAGCAGAAACAGAACUUGAAGCAUCACCAGCAGAAAGCUGCCGAGCGGGAGAAGCAGCAGCAGCAGCAGCAGCAACACGAACACCAUGACGAAUGCUGCUGCUGCGAGGAGGAAGAAGCAAAAAUAGGUGUUCUCUUCGUUACUGCACAUCCUGAUGAUGAGUGCAUGUUCUUCGCCCCGUCUUUGUCUCUAUUCACAUCGAAGAAGGAGAGGUUUGAGGUCUUCUUACUCUGUCUCUCCACAGGGGACUACGAGGGUCUGGGUGCGACCCGUAGGGAGGAGUUGUUUGCUGCUGCAGCAGCGCUUGGCGUUUCUAAGGAUAAUGUUUGCUGCUUAAAUGAUAAGAACAUGAGAGAUGGCUGGCAGCAAUGGAGCAGCAAAGCUGUGUGCAACGCGGUUAGGGGCUUUCUUAAAUCGAAGCAGCAGCAAAUACACUGCAUCUUCACCUUCGAUCGCCAGGGGGUGUCCAGACACCCAAACCACGUCAGCGUAUAUGAGGGACUCAAAUUAUUGAACGAAGAAGUCCUUGAGACGUGCAGGCAGCAACAUGAGCAACAACUGGAGUUACGAAAGGGGGAGGUGGAGUUGAAGCACGACGUUAGGGAGCAGCAGCUGCAGCAGCAGCAGCAGCAGCAGCGGCAGCAGGAUGGGGAGCAGCAGCAGGAGACCGAUGAGGAGCAGCAGCAGGAGCUGCAGCUGCUGCCUUCUGUGUUUAUCUUCUCCCUACAGACUCACUGCCUUAUUCGAAAAUAUUGCGGUGCCUUAAACCUUAUACCUGCAACUGUGGAAGCCAACAACAAGGGCGUGUGCGUGGCUGCUGCUGUUGCUGUUGCUGUUGCUGCUGCUGGUGCUGCUACUGGUGCUGUUGAUGCUGAUGCUGCUGGUGGUGCUGCUGUCGAUGCUGCUGGUGCUGCUGCUCUUGCUGCUGCUGCUGGUGCCGCAGCUGUUGCUUCUGCUGAGACGUUGCAGCCAGCCUUACACCUAUGUCUGCCAUAA